AUGAAGAUUUCAUCCCCUCGCGCGAGUCUCCGUCUCCCGUCCGCCCUCCCUGGUAGUGGACGCCUCCGCCGGACCGAGGAACCGAAACGGCACCGGAAAACUUUUUUGGUUUUUUCGCCGAACGAGUGGCCCGAACGGCCACGUCACGUGUCUCGUCACUCCGCCGGCAGCCGAGGCCGAGGGCACAUGUCCCUCGCGGCGAGCGCCGCUAGGUCGGCGCGUCGAGCGGCGUUCGCGCUGGCGCCUCGAUGUGCGUCGGCGGGGCCCACAGCGCGCGACGCGCUCUUCCUCGAGCGCGCAUCGUCAUCGUCGCACGCGUGGUCCACGACUCGCGGCGUGGCGACGCGCGUGGUGUCGUGCGGUAACGGGGACUUCGGCAGGCUCGGCCACGGCGGCGACGGCAGGGGUCGCGCGGGACUCGGGAUGAGCGCGGAAACGUUCCAGCGAAUGACGGGCAUCCCCCAGGGCCUGGACGUCGUAUCGGCAUCCGCGGGCGGGUCGCACACCGCCGUCGUCACCGCAGACGGUGCCGUGUACACGUGCGGGCUGAACGAGCACGGCCAGCUCGGCCACUCCCACGACGCCGGCUACGUCCCGAUCCUCCGCCCGGUAUCCGGCUUGCCCCAACACGACCGCGUCGUCGCCGUCAGCGCCGGUCACCACCACACGGUGUGCGUCACCGAAGGAGGCGAGCUGUGGGCGUGGGGCAGGAACGACGCGUCGCAGUGCGGGCUCGGGAGCGGCGCGCCGAGCGUAGUGCCGCUGCCCGCGUGGAUAUCGAGCGCUUCACCGGGAGCGCCCGGUAACCACGGCGCGGUGAUGAGCGUCGCCGCGGGCCCGCGGCACAACCUCGCGGUGACGGAUCGCGGCGCGGUGUACACGUGGGGGGACGGCAAGGAGGGCGUGCUGGGCCACGGCGCGGACGAGUCGUGGCGGUGGGGGUUCUGGGGACGUGACACGACAGAGCCGGCGCCGCGGCUGGUGCGCUCGCUCGCGGAUGACGGGAUCGAGGUGGCAUCCGCCGCCGCCGGUCUCUGCCACUCGGUUUGCGUCGACCGCACCGGGCACGUCCACGCGUGGGGGCAAGGGAGGUUCAACCAGCUGGGCGUGGGCGCCAAGAACGCGCCCGCGUUCACGACGGAGCCCACGCGCGUUCCCGCGCUCGGACGGGUACGGGAUCUAGCCGCCGGGGGUAACUUCAACGUCGCCGUCGGCGCCGACGGCUCGAUGAUCUCGUGGGGCGCCAACGGAAACGGCGAGCUCGGCCUCGGCAACUCGAACGACAAACGCGGGGACGUGCCGCGGCUCGUUCACAACCCUAACGCGGCAUCGUUCGCGUCCGCGAGCGCGGGGUGGAGGCACGCGGCGGCGACGUCGAGCGACGGCCGGCUGUGGACGUGGGGGUGGAGCGGCAGCGUCGGUCAGCACGGUGUCGACGCUGACUCGACGGGUGGACAGCUCGGUUUACGUAACGGGCAGAGCGACUUCUGGGAGCCGACGCUCGUGGUGGGGUUACCGGGCAAGGCGAAGGCGGUGUCGUGCGGGUUCAAUCACACCGUGGCGGUGCUCGAAGAGCCGUGA